ACAAACUACGACGUGUUGCGAAGUGCCUCAUCAAAAAUCCAAUUUAAAGAUUUUUAUUGUCAGUCACCCAGCUGUAUUGUAUCAUAUUUUAAAAUAAAUUUAGUAAGAAUUUUGCGUUAAAAGACGGCUUAUUACGCAUAUUUAGGGCUAACGUCGUGAUUUACACACAGGCAGUCGAUUUGGACGCCAAAGGGACCCCCGCGGACGAAGAGCGGACAUUUCAAAUUUUCAAAACAAACCCGAGGUUGUUGUUUCUGACAUGAGAGCGGUGGCUUCGAGCUGACGGCUGCUUUCGAGACGAGUUUACACGAUGGACGCGGACGAGAAACACGUUUCCGGCAGCAAGAGGAAAACGGUGGAGUUUCCCAAAGCGCCUUCCAUCGAGGACUUCGUGGUUCUGAAGCCCGUCAGCCGAGGAGCCUUCGGUAAAGUCUACCUGGCACGGAAGAAGAGCAACGCGCGGCUAUACGCCAUUAAGGCGAUGAAGAAAGCGGACAUGGUGGAUAAGAACAUGACGGGGCAGAUGAAGGCGGAGAGAGACGCGCUGGCUCUGAGCAAGAGUCCCUUCAUCGUCCACCUGUUUUAUUCCCUUCAGACGUCCACCAAGAUCUAUCUGGUGAUGGAGUACCUCAUCGGUGGAGAUGUCAAAUCUCUGCUUCACAUCUACGGAUAUUUUGACCUGGGCAUGGCUGUUAAAUACAUUUCAGAGGUUGCUCUGGCUUUAGAUUACCUUCACCGUCAUGGUAUUAUCCACAGGGACUUGAAGCCAGACAAUAUGCUCAUAUCCAAUGAAGGUCACAUCAAACUUACAGACUUUGGUCUUUCUAAAGUCAAGCUCGAUAGAGAGCUGAGUCUUAUGGACAUCCUAACCACCCCGUCCUUGUCUAAACCAAAUAAAGAUUAUUUCCGCACGCCGGGUCAAGUCCUGUCCUUGAUCAGCUCCCUUGGAUUUAAUACACCUACGGGGGAAGUAAAGCGUCACUGCAGUGCAUCUGCUGCUUCCAGUCCCGUUUCCUGUGGCAGAAUAAGACACAAGAAUAACUCUCUUGGUUCUCCCUUGAUGAAGAAGAAAGAUCAGAUGUUCUCCCUUUCUCAGUACCCUUGGAAAAAGGGACCUAACAACAGUGUGUUUAGUCCUCACAAUCUGUUGAGCAGAAAAAGGUUUGAGACGAUGAGUGCAGGCAGCAACACCGACACUGAAGGAGGCAUCAGUCCACUGUGGGAGUCUGAGGAGAAAGAAAAUGAACCCACCAGGAGAGGAACUAAACAGGACCUUGCACCCACAAAACUGAAAGCCCUCCUGCUCUCUGCCCAGGCCAGCAGCAAUCUGCCCAAAAAGUCAAAUCCAGACCAACUUUUGGUUCCCUCGUCUGUGAAGAGAACAUAUUCAGAAGUAGAGAGGAGUCCAGAGCCAUUAGAAAUCCACGCCAAGAAGAGUAACGCAGACUACAGAAGAUGCUAUGAGAUUCCAGAGGAGACAUCAAGGUUUCACAGUGGCCUGACAGGAACGUUUUCCACCUUUCAGAUCGGCGGCUUCAUGGCCUCCACAGAGGGGAUUGACUUAUCUGACGAGCGAGGCCCGAAGCGCUCCAGUCCCAUCGCUGUGACCAAAACCUUGUUCCGUGAACUGGAAGAGCCGGCAGCGGACGUGUUUGAAGACGGAGCCAAAGACUUGUCUCCUUCGAGCUUCACGUCACCACUUGCGGGAAACAGUGACAUUUGCAGGAGCCUGAGUCUGGACUCUGACGGGUCUAUGCACGAAACCUCUCUCACAAUGGAGAGCCAUUCAUCUCUCAAACUGAGCAAGUGCUCCACAAUCGGGAACUCGAUAUUGUUUGAUGUUCAAGAGGAUAACCCAGACUCGUCCAUCGCUGACUCACUUCCACACACCCCCUCUGCUGUGAGCCAACUGAGUCAUUUUAACCAGCUCCCGGAUCUCACCGGCCGCGCGGCGCAGUCUCCCUCGUUCCUCAAGCCUCGGAACGCCGUGGUUUUUCGUAGUUACUGCAGCACCAUCAACCGCUCCAACAUGUCGGGGGUCUCCAGACUCAGUGUUGGGUCUCAGGAGGCCAUGGACUUUUCCACAUCAGCCUCUUAUCACUCGGCGUGUGGCGCCGCAACACCAGUGCAGAACAGAGUCAGCUCCAACAGCUCUCUCUGUCAGACGCCUCAGGCCAUGUCCACCUCCCACACCCCCUUCAGGACGCCGAAGAGCGUCCGCAGGGGCGCUCUGCCUGUGGAGGGCGCUCCCAUCUUAGGGACCCCCGACUAUCUGGCUCCAGAGCUUCUUCUGGGGAAACCACACGUUUCAGGAAGUGGUCAGUUCGACUUCAUGGUGGACUGGUGGGCACUGGGCGUUUGCCUUUUCGAGUUCCUCACGGGGAUCCCGCCCUUUAACGACGAGACGCCACAGCUGGUCUUCCAGAAUAUUCUCAACAGAGACAUCCCGUGGCCCGAGGACGAAGAGGAACUGUCUGAAAAUUCAAGAACUGCCAUUGAAAUACUUCUGACCAUGGACAUGACCAAACGAGCAGGUCUGAAGGAACUCAAGCGCCACCCCCUGUUUGACGGCCUGGACUGGGUCAACCUGCAGAACCUGCCCAUGCCCUUCAUUCCUCAGCCCACCGACGAGACCGACACCUCGUACUUUGACGCGAGAAACAAUGCUCAGAACAUCGCAGUGUCUGGCUUCAGUUUGUAAAAGCAGUCGUCAACAGGUUUUCAUUUGGUGGGGAAGUUUGAAUCAGAGCCGUCAUGCAAAUAAAUCCAAUGUUCAGGCAGAUACAGCAAUACUUUUAAAAACAUUUUAAAUCUGUGCAUCACUGGAACACUAAGACACUAACAAUCAAAUACAAGCUGAAUCUAAAGUGUUCAUCAUUACACACAGUAGCUCUUGAACUAGGUUCUUCCUUUAGCAAAGUCCAGUUUGCUUCUGCUUUGGCUCACGACAGGCUUUGAUUUCUGUAUUUGUUAAAGUUAAUUAAACACAACUAACUAUUUAUGUAAAUCAAUGUAAAUGUGGCACUUCCUGCCUGGAGGUAAAUGUAAGCUUCUGUUCAGAUACAUUUCAUUGUUGUUGUUCUGUUUGUCUGUUAG